CCCUGAACCAUAGAUCUAUAGUCUGAGCCAAGGAUCGCUGACCUGCGCUGGCUGGACAUGCAUCAGACAACACUGAGGAGCAUUAGGUUUAUAUGAAUUGAUUUUUAUUUCAAUAAUUCAGAAAUAUGUCGACCGCAUUGCCAUAUCGCACGUCCGGAAACGAUUCGUCCCAUGAACGGCGCAACUCCCUUGAACCAUUUCCCUCCCUCUCCUCGUCUGCUAGCCAGGGAACUCAUAAUGGAUUUCCACGACUAUCUCCGGCAGGCUCUUUCUUGAAACGGUCGCCAACGAGCUCCCGCACUUCCUCACGUCGCCGAUCGACUGAGCAGUCCGUACCGCAGACUGCCAGACCGAAGCGCAAGCGUUACAAAUCGCAAUAUCCCUUGGAUUCUCCCGAGCGCCAUGUCGAAUACAUAUUGGUCGCGUCGUUUCAUAUUGACCGAGGCCCCAUCAUGGAGCAUCAAUAUCCUUCUGCCAUCAGCGGUGACGAGAGCAUGCUGGCUGAGCUCAUGCUACCGGAUCAGACUCACGUCCGAAGCCAGGAUUGGACGAUUUUCUUUUUGCACAAGGAUACGGGCGAUGAAGAUGAAGAAGAGGGCGGGAGUGAGGAGACGAAAGGAAAUGAAGGAAAAGGAAAACAAAGAGAAGGCGAUAUGGACAUGCGGCAGGAGGACGAGGCGUCCAGUGAGGAGAGUAGCGACGAUGAAGACCACGCAGGCGAAGGUCCGCCGCUGAUGUACGUGUUGAAUCUGGUGAAUACAAAGCAGGACAACACGGUCAGACGAGGUGCUGUGGUCAAAGCCAUGGCUAUCUGUACGCGGCAUUCGUUUCUCCACAUAUAUAAACCUUUGCUUCUUCUGGCACUGGAGGACUACUUUAAAUCACCAUACCCGGAGACAUUGGCAAGCCUUUAUCAUGCUGUCAACGCCAUGGAUCUCUCCUUGAUGCCCAAGCUUUCUUUUUUGGAGAGACAUAUCCUACAAGCGAGUGAUUCGAAGGAUAUGUUCAUUGAGAAGUUUGAGCGGAUGAUCCAGCAGCGGGUUGCUGACGAGAUCGCGAGUGGGGAACUAUCCCCGGGAUCACCUGCAAAGAACCAGCUACGUUACGCUCUUCCUAGAGACACGCACGAGUUUGAGUCGAAGGUCGUUUACAACGAUAUCCCUAUUCCUGUGAAGGUCCCAACAGCAAUAUGGCCAGAAACAGUCGGCGACUUUUCUCUGGUAAAGCUCAUACAGAUCUUUGCGGGACCUCAUGCCUCGUCACCGCAACCCUUUGCCCUUCACCCUCAUCUCACAACGAGCGGUGCCUAUACGCACCCGAUUAUCGUCCUCGUCAACGCAAUGCUUACUCAGAAACGAGUCAUCUUUCUAGGUCAUAACAGGCCUUCAGGAGAAGUUGCUGAAGCGGUCCUGGCAGCCUGCGCUCUAGCUUCUGGUGGUGUCCUGCGAGGUUUCACUAGACACGCAUUUCCUUACACCGACCUAACAAAAAUCGAUGACCUUCUCAGAGUACCGGGUUUCAUUGCGGGAGUAACAAAUCCAACCUUUGCCAAUCAUCAUGAAUGGUGGGAUCUGCUCUGCGAUCUACCCACCGGACGGAUGAAAAUCAGUAACCGUAUCGAACCUGCACCAGUUACAGAAGGGCUUCUGUACUUCCAGCAACAGACCGCGAUGAUUCCGCCUCCUGCUGGACCCAACGCAGACCCGACUGGUGAUAAUCUUUUCAUGGAGGAUAUAGUCCGCAGUAUCACCCAGCGUCAUGGUGAGGGUGCGAUUCGUGCCAAAUGGCGUGCCUACAUCACGAAAUUCACGCGUGUUGCUGCCGCGUUUGAGGAAACGGUUUAUGGAGCAUCAGCUCUGUACAUUAUCGGGCCAGGAGAAUCGCCAUCCGUGGAGAGUCCCAGUGGCUUCCGAUCAGACCCUUCUGAUCCAUCUUCUCUUCGUGGACAUGGCUAUGUAUGGCGAGACGAGGAAUCCAAGCAGCGGGAGCUAGCGGCUUCCGUGUCGAGAAUCGAAGGAUGGCGGAAUACACGUUCCUAUUAUUCUUUCGUCCAGGACGUCGCUUCGAUGUAUUAUGCCGGCAGGCCUGUCAAGCAGCUUGACCUACACCACCAUCACGAUCGAUUACGGUCGCUCAAACUUUCUCAUGCGGAAUCCGGUGCUAUCUAUCUCGCUUUUGCGCAUGCCGUGGAGGACUAUGCCGGAAUUUGCCAACUGCUCACUGUGACGCCUGAAAGCCAGGCCGGCCUGUUCUAUAUCAGCAUGGGUCUGUUCCACCCAGACCCUGUCGUCCGCGACGCGACAGUCGAGCUUCUUGACCGCAUCGCAGCUCACGAAGCUGGUCGCCAUUUCUGGAACCACCUGGGUCGCUUUGCCAAACUCGCAUAUUUCCGCCUGAAGCGCGAAAAGGAAAUGUCCAUGAGUCCCACCCAGCAAGUCCCGGGAAUGAGUUUUGGCAGCCAAGCACAACAGAGUCUCGUUGGCGUCGCUCUCAGGGAAACAACUUUCCCGAGAAGAAGCUGAGGGUUCAGGAAGCAUAACGCAGCAUCUGUCUUGCAUAUCCAGCCUGCUGCAUUACGUCUUUUGGGAUGAUACACGCCUCAUAUUUAAUCUCCUUUUAUUAAUAUUUCAUAUUAUAUUUUUGCAUUCAUAUCAUGCAUGUCACGUAAUCACGAACAAUCUCAGGUCUACGUGCUUGAGGACAUUGGAGUGAGAUUCAUGCAUAUACUUAUGUCUUAUACC